AUGCUGACGAUCUUUGUCCUGUUAUAUAUUUUGGCAUUCCAGGAAACUUUACCUCGUGUCCUAGCCAAGUUUAUUACGCAGCCCGGCAUUGUGAUUCCUAGAUUCAAUGAAACGUUCCGGGACAAAUCUAUUGAUGUCGCCGAUGGCUAUAUCUUUCUAAGCCCGCGUGUCUCUGGACUCGAGGACUAA